AUGACACCCUGGUCUGAAAUCUUUCUCACUCCCAAAGAGUCAAAUCCCAAACAGAAAGAGCUGUUCUUAGCCCAGACAGGAGGGGACCGCUACCGCUGCGGGAGCCGCUGGGUAAGAGCACAGGAACUGUUAUUACAGCUGGAGAUGGAGACGGACAACCUGUUUGGUAGAAAUAAAGAAGAACACCCAGAGCCCAUAAAAGCUGAGGUGCGAGGUCAGUUGCCCACUUGGUUGCAAGGGAUACUUCUCCGAAAUGGCCCAGGGAUGCACACAAUAGGAGACACCACAUACAACCACUGGUUUGAUGGCAUGGCUCUGCUGCACAGUUUUACAUUUAAAAAUGGUGAAGUUUACUACAGAAGUAAGUAUCUCCGGAGUGACACCUACAACUGCAAUGUAGAAGCAAACCGAAUCAUGGUGUCUGAGUUUGGAACUAUGGCUUACCCAGAUCCAUGCAAAAACAUAUUUGCCAAGGCAUUCACCUAUUUGUCUCACACCAUUCCUGAGUUCACAGACAACUGCCUGAUCAACAUUAUGAGAACCGGGGAUGAUUUUUAUGCUACCAGUGAGACUAACUUCAUCAGGAAAAUCGAUCCGAAGACUCUGGAGACGUUAGAGAAGGUUGACUACAGCAAAUACACAGCUGUAAAUAUGGCAACUUCUCACCCACACUAUGACAGUGAUGGAAAUACUCUCAACAUGGGCACUUCAAUAGCUGAUAAAGGGAAGACAAAAUACGUUCUAUUUAAGAUUCCUCCCUCCGUGCCAGAAAAAGAAAAGAAGAAAUCUUGUUUUAAACAUAUGGAAGUGGUAUGCUCCAUCCCUUCUCGCUCUCUGCUCCACCCAAGCUACUACCAUAGCUUUGGAAUGACAGAAAAUUACAUUAUCUUCAUUGAGCAGCCAUUCAGACUGGAUAUUAUCAAACUGGCAACUGCUUACAUCCGACAUGUGAACUGGGCUUCCUGCCUUUCCUAUAAUAAGGAAGAUAAGACAUGGUUUCAUUUUGUAGACAGGAAGACUAAAAAGGAAGUAUCCACCAAGUUUUGUACUGAUGCUAUGGUGUUUUAUCACCAUGUCAAUGCUUAUGAAGAGGAUGGCCACAUUGUUUUUGAUCUCAUUGCCUAUGCAGACAAUAGCUUAUAUGAUAUGUUCUAUUUAAAAAACCUAAACAAAUACCUUGAAGAGAAUGACAAGCUUUCCAGCACACCAACCUGCAAACGAUUUGUUGUUCCUCUGCAGUAUAACAAGGAUGCCGAAGUAGGUUCUAAUUUAGUCACGCUUCCAUCAACUGCAACUGCUGUCAAAGAGAAAGAUGGCAGCAUCUACUGCCAACCUGAAACACUAUGUGAAGGGAUAGAACUGCCUCGCAUCAACUAUGACUAUAAUGGCAAAAAAUACAAGUACGUCUUUGCAACAAAAGUCCAGUGGAAUCCAGUUCCUGCAAAGAUUGUAAAAUUUAAUGUGCAGACAAAGGAAACACUCCAGUGGGGAGAGGACCACUGCUGGCCAUCUGAGCCUGUUUUUGUUCCCAGCCCUGAUGCGAGAGAAGAGGAUGACGGUAUUGUUCUAUCCUGUGUUGUGAUGACUGAUCCAAAGCAAGCUCCCUACCUACUUGUCUUGGAUGCUAAAACAUUCAAGGAAUUGGGCCGAGCCAUAAUAAAUGUAGAAAUGCAUCUGGACCUGCAUGGAAUAUUUAUACCAGAGAAAAAUUUGAAGAGUGAGACUGAGUAA